AUGAAAUUGGAGUAUUUGAUUUUCACAGGGUACUACAGAUGCACCCACAGGAAUGGGCAGGGCUGUUUGGCUACAAAACAAGUUCAAAGAUCCGACGAGGACCCGACCGUUUUCGAAAUCACGUACCGGCGGAAGCACACGUGCAACCCACGUGGAAACUCCACUAACAUCACAAACCCUCCCACAACGCAGCCCAGUCCACAAAACGAAGACCCAAGCCCAUCAACCCAAACCCCACACCUCUUAAUAGAAAGCCCAUCAUUAACCCAACAAACCCAUGUUACAGCCCAAGAUUUAGGCACUAAUGAAAACCCAUUUAACUUCCCUGAAAUUACUUGUUCCGAAAAUGACUCCAUUUUCUCGGGUUGUGACAACAUUUUGGGUAGUUCAUCCGGGUCGAGUUAUUUCACAAACACUAGCUAUGGAGGAUUUGGUCAAAAUUUACCCAAUACGGAUUGUGAGCUGAGCCCAAUUGUUGCAUCAAUGACUUCGACUUUCGGGUCGAAUUAUCCAUACGGAUCUUAUGGGUCUGGGUCAAAUUUUAGCUUCGAAGACCCGAGUUACUACCCGUGA